GCGGAGGCUCGACCCGGAAGCCGCCGCCGCUGCCCGACAGGCUGAAGUUGCCUCUCGGCUCCUGAGCUUCGUGUAGCACCGAGUCCUUGGGCCGGCGGCGUUCUCCUCCCUCGGUCGCCACUGGCCCAUGAGUCCCCAUGGCGACGGCAGGGGUCAGGCCCAGGAGCGGGCAGUCCGAGUGGGGCCGCGGCGCUCCGGAGGCCUCCGCGGCGGCUUGGCAGUGUUCGCCGCCGUGGCCGCCGUGUUCACGCUCACGCUGCCCCGCUCGGUGCCGGGGGGAGACUCGGGGGAACUGAUCACAGCUGCAUAUGAGCUUGGAGUUGCCCAUCCUCCUGGCUAUCCUUUGUUCACGCUGGUGGCUAAACUGGCAAUUACACUGUUCCCUUUUGGUUCAAUUGCCUACCGCGUUAAUCUUCUCUGUGGCUUAUUUGGAGCAGUAGCUGCAUCGUUACUUUUUUUCACCGUUGUCAGACUUUCUGGCUCAUCUGCUGGAGGAAUCCUUGCUGCGGGGGUGUUUUCAUUUUCUCGUCUAACAUGGCAGUGGUCCAUUGCAGCAGAGGUUUUUAGCUUAAACAAUCUGUUUGUGGGGCUGCUUAUGGCUCUUACUGUACAUUUUGAGGAAGCAGCAACUGCAAAGGAGAGAUCAAAGAUAACUAAAAUUGGUGCUUUCUGCUGUGGCCUCAGCUUAUGUAACCAGCACACAAUAAUCCUCUAUGUUUUGUGUAUAAUACCUUGGAUUCUCUUUCGACUUUUAAAAAAGAAGGAACUCUCCCUGGGCUCUUUGUUGAAGUUGAGCCUGUAUUUCUCUGCUGGUUUGCUGCCCUAUGUCCACCUUCCCAUCUCAUCUUACCUUAAUCAUGCCCGGUGGACCUGGGGAGACCAGACAACACUGCAAGGAUUUUUGACACAUUUUCUCAGGGAAGAAUAUGGAACCUUCAGCCUGGCUAAAUCUGAAGUAGGAUCCACUAUGUCUGAAAUACUGCUUUCUCAAGUCACAAAUAUGAGGACCGAACUCUCAUUCAACAUCCAAGCCCUUGCAGUUUGUGCAAAUAUAUGUUUAUCAAGAAAGGACAGGCCGAAUCCAUCAUUAGUAUGGCUUUUUACUGGAAUGUUUUGCAUUUAUUCAUUGUUCUUUGCUUGGAGAGCAAAUUUAGAUAUUUCAAAACCACUUUUCAUGGGUGUGGUGGAACGAUUCUGGAUGCAGAGCAAUGCAGUAGUGGCUGUCCUCGCUGGCACUGGUUUGGCUGCACUUGUAUCUGAGACUAACCGAGUGCUGAAUAACAGUCGGCUUCAGUGUCUGGAAUGGCUUUCUGCAACUCUUUUUGUAGUUUACCAAAUGUAUUCUAAUUACAGCAUUUGUGACCAAAGGACCAACUAUGUGAUUGAUAAAUUUGCAAAGAACCUUCUCACCUCCAUGCCUCAUGAUGCAAUCAUAUUACUCAGAGGAGAUCUGCCCGGGAAUUCUCUCCGUUACAUGCAUUAUUGUGAGGGAUUGAGACCUGACAUUUCCCUAGUUGAUCAGGAAAUGAUGACUUACGAGUGGUAUUUACCCAAGAUGGCAAAGCACUUGCCAGGUGUCAACUUUCCUGGGAACCGGUGGAAUCCUGUGGAAGGAAUAUUACCUAGUGGAAUGGUCACAUUUAAUCUUUAUCAUUUUCUUGAAGUAAAUAAACACAAUUGCAGUGCUUAUUUGGAUCAAUCCCAUGUGUGUGCUACCGUUACCGGUGGCGAGUGUCCAAGUUACUGGCUGCAAAUCUGUACAGGUCAGCAGCACCCUCAAUUCUUGCCUCCUCAGAAGAAAGAAUUCAGCAUAUUACUGUUUUUUUGUAACUACAGGUUUGAUCCAUCUUCUUGGGAAUCUGUGGCCAAUGAAGAAAUGUGGCAAGCAAGGAUGAAAACACCGUUCUUCAUCUUUAACCUCGCAGAAACUGCUAACAUGCCUUCAGCAAUGAAAGCUCAACUCUACACUCAUGCAUAUGACCUUUAUAAGGAGAUUGUCUAUUUACAAAAGGAGCACCCAGUGAAUUGGCACAAGAACUAUGCCAUCGCCUGUGAGCGGAUGCUGCGCCUUCAGGCAAGACAUGCAGACCCUGAAGUCCUGUUAUCUGAAACCGUCAAACAUUUUCGCCUGUAUUCUCAGAAAGCACGGAAUGAUCCACAGCACGCUGAUAUUUUAGGUGCCGUAAAGCACCUAAGAAAAGAACUGCAAAGUCUGAGAAGUAGGAAAAAUGUCUGAGACAGCAAAAUGUGAAAAACCUGCUCGUCAUUCAGCUUCCAAAAUUCUGAAGUCCAGAAGUUUUUCCUUCAAGAAAAGGAACUGCAUAAAACGUUUAAAACUAAGUCAUCUCUGAGAUACAGUCAUCUCCCAGAUAUAAGUAACAUGGUCCAGCAGGACUGUUUCAUGGGGUGUUAAGUGACAGAUCUCCCACUUAUGCAAAAUUCUGUUUAUCCCAUGUUACCAAAUUAACAUUUCAGUGAGAAGCUUUUGAAAAGUCUUCUGACUUCCAGUCUUUCACCAGAUGACUGUGCUUUAUUAGAUUCUAGAAGAGAAUGAACUAUUUUCAUAUAACUGAAUAUUGACCAUGAACUGUUUAAGGGCCAUGCUUAUUGGGAUCAGUUUUAAAGGUUAAAAAUUUUUUAUAGUAAUACCAGACCAAAGACAUUUUAUGUUUUCUGGGGAAAAAAAAAUGAAUCUUGUUAGGCUUUAGGUGAGAGUACAUUUUGUACAAAGUAGCUAUAGUUGUUAGUCUUACACUUCAAGCUAAACACCAAGUGGGUGAUAUUUUGAAAAAAGUUUGUGUUUUACUGUCUUAGAUCGAUCUCUGAAAUCAAAAAAAAAAACUAAUUUGAUGUUUGCUUCUUUCAGUUGCAGAAACUGAUUGGCAAGUAAAAAGGAUUUUGCAUUUACUUAAUUUUAUAUUUAUGUUUUACUUCUAUUUGGACUCAGAGAUCUAGGCCCAAUAAUUAGUAGGCUCCUGCUGCCAAAAUGCAAAGGGGAAAAAAAAGGCAGGGACUGGGGGGAUGGGGAAGGGGCUCAAUAAAUUCAUUUCUGUUACAAGCAUCUUUUAUACAUAUUACUAAAGAGAACAUAGUAAGAAAUGCAAAUAAUAGUUCUUUAUUUUAUUAUGACAGUUAAUUAAUAGCAACCUGUUUUAAUGAAUAAAGUCACUCAGAGUCCUUCAGCACUUCCUAAGUAGAGGCCAGAAUCUGUAGGGCUUCUUUUCCCCCCAAUUGUAUAGCUCCUAGACUCCAAGCACUAUAUAGGCCCCUGUAUAGAAAUGCUCACUAAUGAAGAGGGAGGGCUAGAAGCUUGUCUGCAUUCAAAGAUCACUGGUGAGUCAUUCAGCAAGAAAAGGCCCCUUACCAGGAAUAGUCACAGUUCCGUGGCAUUGUACUAGCAAAAGGGUCUGAUCAAAGGUCUCCUGUGGAGCUUGCAUGGUUCCCUUUCAUACUACGACCAUAAUUAAAACCACUAAUUCUCUUUUAAAAUGCUGCAGGAUGCCAUGUAGGCAUCUGUCUGGAGUGUCCUUUGUGAUGUCAUAAGCUGUUAAGGACCAGUGCCGAGGGCUUUUGAGUGAAAUGCCAGUCAUGAAGGUGCUUCAAGACAAGGCUGCCUCUAAAAGCUUGACAGGGCCCUGACUGCACAAUUCGAGCUGAAUUUGCCCCUUGUCAGCUGCCAGUAAAUAAAUCUCAAAGGGGGAAAAGCUGAAGUUUCAUUACCUGAUCCAUGGGGCUUUGUUGGUUUUGGCAUCACACAGGGGGAGCUCUUGCCCCUCCAUUCUCUGGAUUUGAAGAUGUCCAUUGGAGCCUGCAGUGCCUGGACAGGGUUCAGAGCGGAACCUUUUGAAGAGUGUCAAUAGUUGUAACAGUUCAGCUGUUAGGAAGACAAAUAAAUGGAGGAGCUCAUUAAUCCGCUUUUGGCUCUCAGUGCCUUUUGCCCUUUUAUCACAGCCUUAUUAGGCUCCUACUCAUCUUGAACCAGAAAAAAAUGAAUUGAAGUUGUUGAGUACUAAUUGGCAAAGACUUUUAAUCAUAGGCCAAGAACUUUCACUGACUUGAAAGUAACUUCUCCACAGGGAAGAACCAAAAACCUGGUUUACCUUAAAACAAAAACCUGUUGGAGUUCAGCGUGGUGUAAAAAUGUAAGGAAGCGUUGAUAAAUUGUCUAAGUUUAUCCAUUUGAAAGAAAUUGUUUAUGAUAUUCUCUUUUCUUUUAAAAAAAAAAAAAGUACAAUAAAAUUCAGACAUUCCUUAGGAAA